UGGGCUGGGGCCUGGGAAUGUCCCCAACUCGGCCUCCGUAGGGGAAGUCGGGCGGACCUGCUGCUGGGGCGUCAGUGUCCCCCCCCGCCCCCCCCUUCCCCCCUCUUCGGGGCCUGGGGGUGACAUUGCCGCCGUGCCCCUACUGGGGCAGAAAUCGACCCCCCCCCACUGGUCAGCUGCCCCCCCACCCCCUUCCCUUGUAGGUCCCUGUCCUCCCCUUGCUCCCCUUCCCACUUUCCCCAGCCCACCCCCGAGGCCCAGCCAUGGGUGCUGCGGUCUUUUUCGGAUGUACUUUCGUGGCCUUCGGCCCGGCCUUCUCGCUCUUUCUGGUCACGGUGGCCGGGGACCCGCUUCGGGUCAUCAUCUUGGUGGCCGGGGCAUUUUUUUGGCUGGUCUCUCUACUUUUGGCCUCUGUGGUCUGGUUCAUCUUGGUCCAUGUGACUGAUCAGUCAGACACCCGACUCCAAUAUGGCCUCCUCAUCUUUGGUGCUGCCGUUUCUGUCCUGCUUCAGGAGGUUUUCAGAUUUGCCUACUACAAGCUACUUAAGAAGGCAGAUGAGGGGUUAGCAUCGCUGAGUGAGGACGGAAGAUCUCCCAUCUCCAUCCGACAGAUGGCCUAUGUUUCUGGUCUAUCUUUCGGCAUCAUCAGUGGCGUCUUUUCUGUUAUCAACAUCUUGGCAGAUGCGCUUGGUCCAGGUGUGGUUGGUAUUAAUGGAGAUUCACCCUAUUACUUCUUAACCUCAGCGUUUCUCACAGCAGCCAUCAUUUUGCUUCAUACCUUUUGGGGGAUUGUGUUUUUUGAUGCCUGUGAGAGGAGACGAUAUUGGGCCUUGGGCUUGGUUGUUGGCAGUCACCUGCUGACAUCAGGACUGACAUUUCUGAAUCCCUGGUAUGAAGCCAGCCUGUUGCCCAUCUAUGCAGUUACUCUAUCCAUGGGGAUCUGGGCAUUCAUCACAGCUGGAGGCUCCCUUCGAAGUAUCCAGCGCAGCCUCUCGUGCCGACGGCGGGAGGACAGUCGGGUGAUGGUGUAUUCUGCCCUGCGCAUCCCACCCGAGGACUGAGGGGACCUGGGGGAAACCCUGAGGGCCAGGGGCACCCUCUUUGUCUCCUGUCUUUCUCUCCAUCUCCAACUAUGGACAGCUGCUAAGGGAGGUGGCCUAGCUUAGUCAUUGCCCAGGAGAUAAAAUUGGGGUACCUGAGGGUAAAGAGGUUACUGGGGUUUGCAGGGAUCUGAGAAGUUCCCUGUUAUCUCUCCCUUCUGCCCUCUUCCCUCUCCCCCACCCCAAUUGGAUAUCUCUUUUUCUCAGGUCUGAGGGAAAUCAUUUUUGGUUUGACAAAGACUCCAAACUGCCUUUUGGGGGUAGAGGAGCUUGGAGCUGCUUCCUCCAAAAUGUCUUAGCCUAUUUUCCCGAUUCUUCUACUCCCUGUGUCCACCAUCUUUUCCCUUUUCCCCCAUUGGCCAGAGAUCCUAGGGAAUAGAAUGAGGAGUGUGUUAGGGAGAUAGUAAUCUCUGCUCCUCAUCUCUCUCUCUCUCUCUGUUCCCAGCAACUGGGAUGAGUGGAACUUAAUAAUUUUUAUCCUACAGUGAGAGAGCUGAGGUGGCCCGGAGUACUACAGGGCCACAGUACCGUGGAGGGUUAUGGCCUAUAAGGAUUUGUGGAGGAACAGUAGGAAUUUUUUUCUAGUUUUUAAUGGGGAGGGAGGGAGAAUGGGGAGGGAGAAAAGAGGGAAUGACUUUUCUAUAAAAUGUAUUAUUUUCUGCUGGGGAUGGCAUAUCCCAUCCUUUUAAUCAAAGUAAGUGUGAUUUUGACUAAUAAAAAGGAUUUUAUAACUAUG